AUGGGACCGAAACGGACAAAUUGUGGCAGUGAAACCGUCGCAAAGACGGAAACGAACCCGUGCUGUAUCCAAAGCAGAUGGGAACGACGGAAUUUUCGCCCUCAACCGGCCGAGUUCAACCUCGACGACGACAUCGAUACAUGGGUUGAGAAGAUGGAAGAGUUCUUGAAAUACGAAGAACCUGAGACUCGAUCACGCAAGGUGAUGAGGAACCUGGCUGCUCCUGCCAGGCGUAUCGCAUUAAGGACGGUUCCAUCAGAAGACGUUCGAACCAUACUUGGUGGCGUCGUCAAUUAG